AUGCUGAUGAGAACUACAAGCAUUACUUUCUUACUUACAUGGCUGGCUACUGUCUUUGCCCAACAACAACAGCAAUGCCAAGGCAUUGAGGUGUUGUAUCCAAAAGCAGAUGCCAUCAUUGCUCAAACUAAAGAACAGGCAUCUACUUAUUUGAUUCUUGGUAACACCAACGUCGACGACAACAGCAGCAAGCCUACAUUAACCAAGAUCUCUUUACUACACUUGGACGAUAAAAAUCAAGAGGUGAUCCAAGAUGUGUGGACAGGACAAGAUGAGAUUCUCAGAGUAUCAGCCAUUCAGCAAGAUCUGCAAAAGAUUGGGCCUGGAGAUGUACCAAACACAUUCUGGUUUCGUAUCUUUACUCAAUUAAACGGUAGUCAAUGCCAAUACGAAUCUGGCAAAUUUAAAAUCACCACAGAUAUAUAA